GUUCAUGAUGUCCUCCUCCACGCAUUUGGAUCACUGAAAUCUGGUGUUUGUGAUCGUCCUGAGCCUCUCCUCUUGCAGCCAUGACCAAGUCCAAGGAAGAGACCCCGAGCGAGGAGGCCGAGGGUCCAGAUGGAGGAGUCUGGGCCUGGGUGAUGGUGGGCGCCCUGUUUGUCUCCUCAGGCUUCGUGUUUGGUCUGAUGCGCAGCUUGGGCGUCUUCUUUGUAGAAUUUGUCCAGUACUUUGAAGAGAGCGCUCAGGCCAUCUCCUGGAUCACCUCCAUAGCGGUGGCAGCACAGCAGUUCUUCAGUCCGAUGGGCGCAGCGCUGUGUAACGCGUAUGAUGCCAGGAUAGUGGUGAUGACGGGGGGCUGUCUUGCUGGACUUGGCUUCAUACUCGCCUCGCAGGCCACCUGUCUCGCCCACCUCUAUCUCACCAUGGGUGUCAUUACAGGUUUGGGCUGGGGCCUCGUCUUCACUCCUAUGGUGGUCUCAGUCAUGGGUUACUUCACUCGGCGGAGCGCCUUGGCUCUGGGUUUGGGCUUCUCAAGCAUUGGCCUCUCAUCCUUUAUAUUCAACCCCCUCUUCCAGCUGCUUGUGGAGAAGUACGCCUGGCGAGGGGCCCUGCUCAUCAUGGGGGGCCUCAGCCUCAACAUCGUGCCCUGUGGGGCUCUCAUCCGCCGCCAAAAGCAAUCAAAGGCCCCAGCAAAGGUGGACUCAGACGGUCGGUCAUGUUCUGCCAGGCUGCAGCGGAUCUACCGCUACCUGGAGCUGUCGGUGUUCGUGGAAAGGCCCUUCCUCACCUUCUGCGCGGCCAUCACUCUCUUUAAUGCUGGCUACUUUGUGCCGUAUGUCCACCUGGUGGCCCUCAGCCGCCAUGUGGGUUUCUCAGAGUACCAAGCUGCCUUCAUCAUGUCCGUCACCGGUGCCACUGACAUUUUGGGCCGCGUGGUGUCGGGCUGGUCCGCGGCCCGGGGAUGCAUGCGGAUGGUCCACAUUCUGAUCUUGUGGACGAGCCUGACAGGUGUUUUCAUUAUUCUGCUGCCCCUGAGCUCCAUGUCGGGCUCCUACCCUGUCCUGCUGACGGUCAGCCUCCUCUAUGGCUUCUGUGGCGGUGCCUUGACCUCGGUGGUCUUUCCGGUGGUGCCUCAGAUUGUGGGGGUGGAGCGCAUGAUGGGAGCGUCUGGGCUAGUGCAGCUCAUCGAGAGCAUCGGUGGACUGUUGGGGGCACCGCUGUCAGGAUUUCUCAAGGAUGUCACAGGCAACUACCUCGCCUCCUUUGUGGUAGCGGGCAGCUUCCUCCUCCUGGGCUGCCUCAUUCUGACAACACUGCCUCGCUUCUUCCAAUGCAGAGACCCCCCCCCCUCCUCAGAGACCUUCCUUGGAUGAGAAAAAAAACAAUCUGCAACGAGAGUGUGAACUGAUGAAUAAUUCUCCCUCCAACACAGAUAAAGGAAAUCACCCAGAGAUGCUCUCUGACUCGGGUGCGGUGGCCUGAGAACUGAGUCAAAGAGCAGGCCCGGAGGGUGAGAGGCCUGCUCUUACUCACCAACCAGCAGUUCUGGAUGACACCAAAAAAUGCUGCCUGAUUACAUUUCAUUACAGUCUGCAGCACAUUUCAUUUAUAUAGCAGCACAUUUAUAUAUAAAUUUGUA